GUUAUAACGGCCCUUCGGCGCCUGGGUUGGUCACCCCGACUUCGAUCUUUGGCCAGCGCGAAUCCAUCGUCCGAUGAGUGGGUGGCCUUCCCGCGAAGCGCGCAGCCAACGUACUACUGGAAUCGCCGAACGGGCCAGUCUGUUUGGGAGCUCCCCGAGGAGGUUGAGCCGGCAUGGACGGGCUAUUCGGAUGGAGACAGCGCUUUCUUCAGGUGUGCCCGGACUUUAGAAACACUUUGGCAGCUGCCUCCGCCGGCCAAGAUGCCAUCCGCAUCACCCCCGGCUCCGUGCCAAAGUGCAGAAGAGCAUCUUCGCUGUUUGCUUGAAGCCGAGUGGGUCCGACUCCAGGGCCGGGAAGCGGCGAUCCGGCAAGACAUGAAGCUAUCA